GCCUCACCUAGGGCCGAUGUCAUAGUCAGUGAAGGUACGGCAACCUAAGCAAGACGGAACUACAACAGACCAUCUUGGAAACACUGUAAGCUUUCAAAGUACGCGAGAUGGCCUCAUCAGAUGGUCGGAUUGCCACUAUAAGGAUUCUUCAAAGAGGAUACGUGACAGCUGUCUUCUUGAUGGGAGCUAUUUUUGUGGUCUUUUAUUUUUCAGUACAGUACAGUGCUGACAUUACUGACUACACUCCUCAAAUUAAUGAAUUAAAAAAUUACAAUAAAUUAAAGUUGGGGAUCAGAUACACCACUCAGGUAUUUUCACAGCCAAAAUGCAAAGCAAACAUGUCGGUUGCUGACAUGAAAGAUUUCAGCUCUCUUCCUGAUGUUAUAAAAAACUUCCUCUACUACCGCCACUGUCGCCAUUUUCCUAUGCUGCAGGACCUGCCAGACAAAUGUGGUGGAGUUAACAGAUCCAAAGACGUCUUCCUUUUGCUUGUCAUUAAAAGCUUCCCUUUGAAUUACGAACGCCGGGAGGUGCUGCGUAAAACCUGGGCUAAAGAGAGGUUCCACAAGGGUGCGUGGAUUCGACGGAUAUUCAUCUUAGGAACGAUGGGUUCUGGGGAGCAAAUUGAAAAAACAAACAAACUACUAAAGGCGGAGCACGAUGAAUUCAAUGACAUCCUCCAGUGGGACUUCAGCGACACAUUUCACAACCUCACCCUGAAGCAGAUACUCUUCCUUCAGUGGAUGGAGAAAAACUGUCCAAAUGCUCGCUUCCUGUUUAAUGGAGAUGAUGAUGUGUUUGCCAACACUAACAACAUGGUGGAGUAUCUCCAAAGCCUUCCUGACAAUGAUGAAAGUAAGCACCUUUUCACUGGCUACUUGUUCCAAGAUGAAAAGGUUGUCAGGUGGGUAGGAAGCAAGUAUUUUAUUCCAGUCCAGAUACAGGAGUCAAACACAUACGAACCUUACUGUGGAGGAGGGGGUUACCUUCUGUCCGGGUACACGGCACGGGUGAUAAAUAGGAUUUCUCAGUCCAUUACCAUUCAUCCAAUCGAUGAUGCUUACAUGGGGAUGUGUCUGUCCAAAGCAGGACUUUCACCUUCCUCUCAUGUCGGUGUGAAAACUCUAGGAUUAAAUAUGCCAUCUAAAGGAACAGAUAAUCUUGAACCUUGCUAUUUGAGAGAUCUUCUACUGGUGCACAGAUACCUACCAGCUGAUAUGUAUCUAAUGUGGAAACAAGUUCACGAUACCAAUUUGAAAUGUAGUAAAAACUGAGAUAAGAACUCUGGUCUGGCACAUUAAGGGAGAAAGUUCAGGACUGUGCAGUUGGAUGAUGCAUAGAUCGUACCCUGAUGUUAUGCUGCUGACUGGGACGCCGGAGUGUAACCGUUGUUACAGCUUUUUCCACAUUGCAAGAAGGUCUGUGGUUUUUAGCUUGGAAUUUUCCUGCUGUACCUAUCCAUAAGUGGGUUUGCUCUGGACACACCGGCUUCCUCCCACUGUGCAGGACAAGAAGAUGUCAGAGGUUAACUGUUCCUUAAUUGCUCUUAGAUGUAAGUAUGUGUUUGCAUGGUUGUUUGUCCUGUGUGUCUCUGUGACGCAUAUGAUGGACUGGUGACCUGUCCAAGGUGUACGCUGGCUCUAGCCCAUUGACUGCUGGACAGGAGCACCACUUCCAACAACCACAAAAUGUCUUUGAUUAGAAAACACAUCUCUGUCACUGCUGUAACAUCUUUAACAAAAAACCUUUUUUAACUUAUUGCCUCUUAAAGGGCCAAACAUGUUUUACAAAGUACCUUAUGUGAAGACUUGAAUGUGACUCUGCCAUCCCACACAGACAAGACACUAUUGGUUGGAUGUUUCUGUUCGUCAGAGGUGGCAACUCCUGAAACAACCGACCUUCCACCAUCAAUGCACAAAUUUUAAGAUUUUCUAAAAUCACUUUAAGGAAUGGAUGUCCUCAAACUUGUGUCCAUAGUAAAUUUGAACAGAUUAAAUUGUAUUUUGGGACAUGAAAUGUGAUGAUUUCUUUUAUGCUAAUGAAAACUAUUGCUGUAUAAUUCUGCGGAAAAGACCAGGGUUGGAGAACGGUAGACAUGAUUUGUCCAAAUAUUUGCAAAUGUUUCUUUUCUAUUUAAUAUUUACGUUUGAUGCAAAGUUUAUUUACUGUGAGGCAAACAUUUGUCAAAAUGUGGAUAAAGAUCAUUUGCAUAAA